ACGAAAAUUGGCUUGGAAAAAUCGAAAAGAUUAUAUUUUAUUUGGAAUUGUGGCUGUGGCACUGGAAUUAAUACCUAUAGCAAAUUUUAUUUUCUUUUGGACAAAUGUUGUAGGUGCCGCUUUAUGGACAUCGGAUAUUAUUAUUGAAGAACGUAGAGCUGGAUUAAACAGAUCAGUUCAAUUUACUCGUUCAAUU